UCAUUGAGGUACACAUUUGUAGUAGACAUCCAGACGGGAAGAGCUGUGAUGCAGUAGUACGUGUUAUGUCGGGUAUUAUCUUAAUUGAAAAUAAGUAUUUAAAUGAAUAAAUUAACAUAUUUAUGCGGAUUUUUGGUAUUUAAAGUGAUUUUCCAGGCGUCUGCAGCAAUGCACCUUUUUUUUGAAGAUAUGAUUGUUAUGUAGUUAUUUAACAAACGCUUUUACCAAAGAGACUUAGAGACUUGAUGGUGAACUACAGAUGUAUGCAUCACAACUGCUGCAGAGUCACUUACAACAGGACCUCGGUUUGACUUCUCAUCCAAAGGACAGAGCACGAGGUGGUUAAGUGACUUGCUCACACACAGUGAGUCGGUGGCUGAGCUGGGCUUGAACCUGGAACCUCCUGCCUGUGCCUUGUGCUGUGUGUCCCCUGGUAGAGCAGAGGGAAUGUCUUCAGUGUAGAGCAGGCCACAUUCCUGAACCAGCCAUGAACCACCAGGAAAAGGAGCCCAGCAGCAUCAGGGGGGAGGUGAAUGAGGCCGUGGAGGCUGACCUGGAGCAGCCUAGUAUAGAGGAGGAGCAGCACGCCGCCGCCAUCCCUGUGACUAUCCCUGUGACUAUCCCUGUAGCCCAGUGCCAGGACAUUACAGCGGCGAGGAAGAGCAGUCGGGGGCUAGUACAUCAACAGCAGCAGAACAACAACAACGAGGAGGCUGGGGUACAACAUCAACAACAACAGCCACCACCUGCAGCCUGGUACCGCAGGUAUGACACCUCAGAAGGGGGGACCCGGGUUCAAGGGCAGCGAAAGCCACAGGAGGACACAGAGGUGGAGCAGAAACAGCCGCUGCAGAGACCAGCAGCAACCCGAUACCGUAGACAGGCUGACGGGGAGGCUCGGAUUAGAGCUCAACAGCAGAGGCAGAGGAGGCAACAGCAGCAAAGAGAGGCUGAGAUGGUGGAGGUAGAACAGCAGCAGCCUUCACAACCCCCACCGCCUCCACAGCAACUAGAGGCAGAAGAUGAGCAGUUGGAGGAGGAAGAAGGGGGAUUGGGGCUUGCAAGGUCAGCCAGCACCGAGAGCGGCUUCCACAACCACACAGACAGAGCCGAGGGAGAUGUGGGGCUGGCUUCAGAAGGGGAGGCAGAAACAGCGCUGGGAGGCGAGGCGUUGGAGGAUGAGAAUGCUUAUGCAGUGCACUAUCGUCCUGAGGCGGAGGAGUACACAGAGAGUGCUGAGGCGGAGCAGCACAGGGGGCCCUACCAGCCCCAGCCUCAGCCACCAACCCCUCUGAACCCACUCCCACACUUUCAACAUCUUGAACAGGAUGAGGAGGCCAUGAAUGCAACCUACUCAGGCUACGUCUACACUCAGCGUCUGUUUCAUGGCAAUGAAGGGGAGCGGGGUGAUGGGGAUGAGCCCUACUCAGAACCCUAUGCUGACUACGGGCUGCAGGAGCAUGUUUAUGAGGAAAUUGGGGACACCCCACUAGAGGGGGAUCAUCCCCAACAUCAGGGAAGCGACUUCUGUCUCUUUGAGCAUGAGAGCUAUCGGCAAGAGGCGCUGGGCGCCCGGCUGCACCACUAUGAUGAGCGUUCAGACGGGGAGUCAGAUAGCCCUGAGAAGGAGGCAGAGUUCGCACCGUACCCCCGCAGGGACAGCUACGACCAGGAGGAGGACAUUGAUCAAAUUGUGGCUGAGGUCAAGCAAAGCAUGAGCUCUCACAGUCUGGACCAGGCUGCUGAUGAGUACAGGCCCGAAUCUGAGCAGAACUCACAGGAGUACGAGGAGGGCAAGCCAGCAGGGGAGGAGGAUGAGGAUGAGGAGGAAGGCAGUCCCCCAAGGCCCUCAGCCACCAGCCCUACCGGGGAACAGCCCAUACAGAGGCACAGCAAGGAGAAACGAGACGCCAUCUCUCUGGCUAUCAAGGACAUUAAGGAAGCCAUUGAAGAGGUUAAAACAAGGACCAUUCGCUCUCCCUACACACCAGACGAGCCAAAAGAACCCAUCUGGGUCAUGAGACAAGACAUCAGCCCAACCAGAGAUUGUGACAACCAAAGGCCACUAGUUGGAGAUUCUCCAGGCUCAGGUUCUACAUCCCCACAAGGGGCAGAAUCCUCUGUUAGACAGCAUCUCCACGAUGGCAGUGAAAACUCAGACUCUCCUCUUAAUAAAGAGUCAAGGAAAAGCUUGGCUUCAUUCCCAACUUAUGUUGAAGUUCCUGGACCCUGUGACCCUGAAGACCUUAUUGAUGGCAUCAUCUUUGCAGCUAAUUACCUUGGUUCCACCCAGCUGCUUUCAGACAAAACGCCCUCCAAGAACGUGCGGAUGAUGCAGGCCCAGGAAGCUGUCAGCAGAAUCAAGAUGGCCCAGAAAUUAGCCAAAAGCAGGAAGAAGUCUUCCGAAGGAGAGUCCCAGCCCAUGACAGAGGUGGAUCUUUUCAUUUCCACUCAGAGAAUCAAAGUGCUCAAUGCUGACUCACAGGAAACUAUGAUGGACCACCCCCUGAGAACUAUUUCCUACAUCGCUGACAUUGGGAACAUUGUAGUGCUGAUGGCCCGCCGGAGAAUGCCGUGCUCCAACUCACAGGAUAAUGUGGAGUCCUCGACCCCCUCACAGGACGAGAAGAAGCAGUAUAAAAUGAUCUGCCAUGUCUUCGAGUCAGAGGAUGCCCAGCUGAUUGCUCAGUCCAUUGGGCAAGCGUUUAGCGUUGCAUACCAGGAGUUCCUUCGAGCCAAUGGGAUUAAUCCGGAGGACCUGAGCCAAAAGGAGUACAGCGACCUGCUCAACACCCAGGACAUGUACAACGAUGACCUCAUCCACUUCUCCAAGUCUGAGAACUGCAAAGACGUUUACAUUGAGAAGCAGAAGGGUGAGAUUCUGGGGAUGGUGAUUGUGGAGUCUGGCUGGGGCUCCAUCCUGCCCACUGUCAUUAUAGCCAACAUGAUGCACAGCGGUCCUGCAGAGAAGUCUGGGAGACUCAACAUCGGGGACCAGAUCAUGUCCAUCAAUGGAACCAGCCUGGUGGGACUGCCACUCUCAACUUGUCAGACCAUCAUAAAGGGUUUAAAAAAUCAGUCCAGAAUAAAGCUGAAUAUUGUGAGAUGUCCCCCAGUAACAACAGUUCUCAUCAGAAGACCUGACCUGAGAUACCAGCUGGGGUUCAGUGUACAGAAUGGAAUUAUCUGUAGCCUUAUGAGGGGUGGAAUAGCAGAGCGUGGUGGUGUUCGAGUUGGUCACCGGAUCAUUGAAAUCAAUGGACAGAGUGUUGUGGCAACACCACACGAGAAGAUUGUGCACAUUCUGUCAAACGCUGUUGGAGAGAUCCACAUGAAGACAAUGCCAGCUGCCAUGUACAGACUGCUGACUGCCCAGGAACAGCCAGUUUACAUCUGAGGCUGACAAGCCCGGAGCCUUCACAUGCAUGGAGGGCUUGUUAUUGCAGUUGUGGUCGUGUUUAUAGUGCUGCAUUUCUGUUUCCACUGAAACAUUUCCCAGUGUGUUUGUGUGUGUCAUUUUGUGAAACCUAAGGUAUCUUUUUUCACCAUCGCGUCUUCAUGUGAUCCCAUACGUUGAGCUGCAAAUAUUUAUUGCAAGUCAAUUUCCAGCAAGUCAACCCCUUGCACUUCUCCCAGACUGAUAACUAAGAGGCAGCUCUGACUAGAGGUCCAAAUGUGUUAUUUACAAGCACUACAUUAUUUGCUUACUUACAAUAAUAACACAUCUGUUUUUUUUUUUUUUUAAAGAUGUCCUUUUUGAUUUCUGUUUGUGUAGAUAAAGGUUUAAAAGCAAAGUUAAACCACAUUUUUGCACUACUGCUGUAGGUUGGCUUGAUUGUUAUACCUUUAAAUAAUAUUUUGCCAAAAGGGUCAUUAUUUUAGAACAAUGUAGUGCUUUGCAAUGCAUCAUAAAGUAUGACAUGGGCUGGUAAAAGUACAAUGGUUAAUUUUACUGUCAGUUUAUUUUGAAGGCUUGUUAUAUUGACAAAGUGCUUAGUCUCAAGUACCAGUAUGUCUUAAAUAAGAGUCAUUGUUUUCAAGCAGACACUAUUGCUCUGUUUUACUGCUGUUCUGCUGCAACCCGUAUUGGUCAUCAUCAUUACUAUAAUCUGAAAAAACAAAAGAAAACUUGUGACAUUAAUUAAAACAUCAUUAACUACUAUCUGCUUAUUCAAUGCAGCAUACAAACAACAAUUAAACCUCUCAUAAUCAAGGUUUUAAAUCGGAAGCACAUAUAUUGUUCAUUAUAAAAACAAUAUUUCCUUGAGGCUAGUCUCAACUGGAUUCCGAUCCUUCAAGUAAAAGUAAAAAAGUAUUUUGCCUCACAAUUAUCCUCAUGUUUUUGUCCUAUUUUUACAAAGAAUUCCUGAACGAUAAUGCCAUUGUCAACAGAUACUGUUUCACGAUAUAAAUGGUAAAAUGUAAGAUUAUCUAUUGCUUACAUACUGUAGAAAUAUAUAUUGUAUUGUAGGUAGUGAACUAAAUAAGGCACGUAAAAAAAUAUUUCUUUGGAUGUUUUUAUCUUAAGCAUAUGCAAAUUUGUUUGGAUUUUGAGCAAGCUUUUUUUGAAAAAAAGACAAAAAGGUAUUUUAAUGCAAGAAUUGCUGUUUUCUUUAGAAGGACAUGUAAAUGUAUUAAAUCGUGUCAACAUUCUUACACUUGGGCUGUCAAGGUGAAUACCUUUAAAUGGAAGGAAUAGACUAUGAAGGGCCAAAAUAUAAAGAGCUGUUUAAUACUUUCAUGCUUUACUAUCCCACCCAACCUCUUUCCCUUGGUCACUCACAAGAACCCCACUGUUAUCUGUGAUGAUUGUGUAUUUGUAUACAUUAAUGCACCACUGCAAGUAUCAGGCAGGGAUGUGAAGGGUUAAAGCAUUUAAAGUGCUUGUGAUUAUUGUUCGCAUAAUUUAGCAUGGGGUGUAGCGUGCUGCGGUAUUUAGCACCAAAUUGUCUGAUAACACAGAUUUUCCCGGUUAACCAAUUAUGUGUAAUAUUUGAAUUGACAAUUUUUAAAUCUUUAUUGAUUUUACAAUACAAAUAAUGUUGGCCUUAAUUUUUUUUUUCUAAUUUUUAAAACACAAAAGUAUAUGUCCUCAGCUAUGGGCUGAGCAUGGCAUUAUAUGAACUAAUCAAUAUGCUCAUAAUUCAUGCAUAUAGUUUUCAGGAAACUGUAGUGAGAACAUUAUUCUUCCUUAAUGUGUAAUCUGACUUUCUGAUUUAGCUUACAUCAAUGUUUACAUUUUAAAAGCCAGAGUUUUUAUUUAUCAAAGAUCAUUUUAAAUUCUGAUGCGCUUUUAUUGUCAUGUUUCUAAUAACUGAAGAUGAUUUUGUGAAAUUAAAGUAUAUAUUUAGCACAGUGCUAGAUUAUGAAGUAUACCAUUGUUCUGUAAAGGGGUGCAAUAGAAACCCUUGUAAAGCAUUGGGAGAGUAGAGUAUUGUACUGUAACAAAGCUGUCCUCUUGUAAAGCACUUGAGUCAGUGAUGGCUUGUCAAUUUGGCAACUCUAUUGUCAAUAAUGCACUUUGAAUGUAGUUACUCUUUGUCAACAUGUCUAAAAACACUUUCUAUAACAGCAGUGUUUAUUUAUUUGCUAGCUUUUCUGUGCUGUUACAAUUACUGAGAUACAUUCCUUUACCAGAGGAGGAAUGUUUGUAACAUUAUUUACAACAAUAAAAAACUUGCAGAAGGAU